UCCUCUACUCUACUCUCCCUCCACUCUGCUCUGCUCUCUCUGCUCUCUCUGCCUGCAUUCAUAUAAACGGAUAUGAUGAUAAAGCAGCAGCAGCGCUGAACGCUGAACCGGAGCAGCGACACACAGUCAGCUCUCUGACCAUGGCGGAAGAGGACGACGCGACGACGAUUCGGAUUUUACAGAGCCUGCGGGGGAAAAUAUGUGAAGCUAAGAACCUAGGACCAGUCUCGGGUCCAAAUCGACAAAGGGAUCUCUGCACGUUCUGCACCAUCAGUCUGGAUCAGGAGGAAGUGUUCCGCACCAAGGUGUUUGACAAAAGCGUCAGCCCUUUCUACGGAGAGGACUUCUACUUCGAGAUCCCACGUCCAUUUCAGUGUUUAUCCUUCUAUGUUUAUGCCAAGAGCGUUUUCCAAAGGGACCUACCUGUUGGCAAGGUGUCAAUCCGGAAGGAUGACCUGUGUAAAUACAGUGGGAAGGAGCACUGGUUUAGCCUUCAUCCAGUAGAUCCCAACUCAGAAGUCCAGGGUAAGGUUCACCUGGAGAUGCGAUUGAAUGAAGUGAUCACAGAGAACGGCUCAGUAGGUCAACACUUGGUAGUCCGGAUAAUCGAGUGCCAGGGGCUGCCUCUGAUCAGUGGGCAGAACUGUGACCCCUACGCCACCGUGUCACUCGUUGGACCUGCCAGGUCUGACCAGAAGAAAACAAAGGUGAAGAAGAAAACCAGCAACCCUCAUUUUGAAGAGACCUUCUUCUUUGAGGUCACACGGUCCAGCAGCUACUCUAAAAAGUCCCAUUUCCAAGUGGAGGAGGAGGACAUUGAAAAACUUGAGAUCAAAGUUGAUUUGUGGAACAAUGAGAAUCUGGCUCAAGAUGUGUUUCUGGGGGAGACGCGGGUUCCUGUCAAGAUCCUGCGAAGUGACCACAUCCACAAAGCCUGGUAUCUCCUCCAGCCCAAAGGGAACGGCAGCAAGUCCAAGUCUGAUGAUUUGGGAUCGUUGCGUUUGAAGCUGACCUACAUAGAAGACACGGUGCUGCCAUCUGCCUGCUACACACCACUCUGCAACCUGCUGCUCAAAUCCCCAGAUGUGAAGCCCAUCUCGGCGUCAGCAGCACACAUCUUGGGGGACAUCUGCAGAGAGCGAUACGAGGCCGUUCUGCCCACGGUUCGACUGCUGCUCCACCACAAUCGCUUUGUGCCUUUUGUCUCAGCUGUGGCAGCACUAGAGCUGGACAAUACUCAGGAGGCUAACACUAUAUUCCGUGGCAACUCACUGUCAACGCGCUGCAUCGAUGACAUGAUGAAGAUUGUGGGAAAGAACUACCUGGCAGUUACCCUGAAGCCUGUAAUAGACGAGAUUUGUGAAUCCAACAAAACAUGUGAGAUAGACCCCGUUAAACUAAAGGAAGGAGACAACGUGGAGGUCAACAAGGAGAACCUGCAGGGUUAUGUUCAGAAAGUCUUUUCCUCCAUCACCCAGUCGAGUUCCAGCUGUCCCCCCCUCAUGUGUGAUGUCUUCAGGUCACUGAGGAACUUGGCCUGCAAACGCUUCCCAGCCGAUCCACAUGUUCAGUACUCGGCCGUCAGCAGCUUUGUUUUCCUGCGGUUCUUCGCCGUCGCUGUUCUUUCCCCACACUCCUUCCAGCUCCGUUCCCACCAUCCUGAUCCUGAGAUUUCCCGCACGCUCACACUCAUCUCAAAAACCAUCCAGACACUCGGCAGCUGGGGGAGUUUGUCGAAAAAACUGUCUAGUUUCAAAGAAACCUACAUGUACGACUUCUUCAAAUCAUUCCAAGAAGACAAGUAUAUCGAAAAAGUUAAAAAGUUUCUAGAUGAGAUCUCGUCUAACGUCAGUAAGGGGUCCAGCGGGCUGGAGGACGCAGUGGUUCUCAAGGAGGGGGAAGUACAGAAACGUGCCCAGGGGAGGAAACGCCUCGGCAAGAAAAACUUUAAGAAGAGGUGGCUCAGAGUGACCAACAGGGAGCUCUCCUACCACAAACAGAAAGGGAAAGAGGCCCUCUGCAUCAUCAAUGUCAAAGAUAUCCAGGCGGUGGAGAAACUGGAUGAAAGUGCCUUUAACCGCAAAAAUAUGUUUCAGGUGGUCCACUCUGAGAAGCCUCUGUAUGUGCAAGCAGGAAACUGUGUGGAGGCCAGUGAGUGGUUGGAGGUCCUGGGCCCGGUCAGUCGCUGCAACGAGGGACGCCUCUCCACCUUCCACCCGUCGAACUACACCGGUGGAGCCUGGCAGUGCUGCAAGAACCAGAGCAGCAACGCAGCGGGCUGUAAGCCCUGCACAACCACCGUGCUGGCCAACCUGCAGCUGGACAUCGACUGUGACCGGGAAACAGAGAGAAUCUUCUCCCUCCUCUCCUCCAACGACACCAAGCUCCAGAACAUGGAGGAUGCGUGCGCCAGUUUGGCGGUGUACCAGGGCCCUCAGCGGGAGCAGGAGGACUACUCCAAGUUCACCAUUCAGGAACCCAAAGAGACCUUUCAGACACUCAAACAGCUCCGAAACAUCAUGGAGGAACUUAAGAGGCAGCACAACAUCAGGAAUGACACCACAGCGCAGUACGGCAGCCUGGACAACCCCAUAGUAGGGAAAACCUCUUAACCCGGGUGGGAAGGUGUGGCCUGAAGCAGCCAUACCAGCAGGUGUCAGUCCACCACGCAGAGCCUAAAGGAGCCCCUGGAGUUGUCCCAGCGAGAACCCCCAGAGAAGAGCAAACGAUACACCCCGACCUCCAGACACGAGUCCACUACAGCAGAGACCACCUAAGAAGGGGAACCAGAAGGAGCGUCUCCCCUCGGUCCUUGAAAAUGAACGAACCCUUAGGUGUUUUCUUUGGCAGUACGUCUCCUCCCUUUCCUCUGGCCCCUCAUACAGACACUCUGUCCCUUAAUCUUAAUUUAUGUCCUCUUUGACGUCUACAGCUGUGUGAAAAAGGCAUCAUUACAGUAGAUGGUGUGUGAAUAGGCUGCUAAUUUUUUUUAUUCACCCAAUUUUUAUAUCUACAGCUGUGAUGAUGCUCUCCCAAAUCUUUUUAAGGUUUUUGCUCCGACAGCUGUCUUUAGAGUUGAUUUAAUAAUCAUCAUCUUUCUGGAGGAUCGUCCUCCAUUUGGGCCCCUUUUUAUCGUUCUCUACUCUUUUAAGGUACGUCCACAACAACAACGAUAACUAUAUAACUAAACGCAGCUAAAAUCUGAUGGGUUUUGAUUGGCUGUUGCUCUGAAAUCGCUCUGAAAGUGAAUCCCAACGAUAUCGUUCGCCACUGUUGUUGUAGUCGUGGCGUUGACUCAGCCAUCUACUUGAGUUUAAAACGAUGUAUUUAUAGUUAUCGUUCUCGGUGUGGACGUCCCGUUUGUGAACAAAUAUGUGUGUAUAUAUUUUCAAGAGGACAGUUAAGUAGAUGAAACCGAUCUGCCUUACUUUGAUGGAUGUUUCUUUCACAUUAAAUGCUGAGGGAAUAAUGCAGAAGCACUUUAAAUAUUUGGAGCACUCCAAAUGGAAAUGAUUAGAUACUUGGUAUCAGCUUUCCCCCAUUUCGAUCAGUUACAUGAUCUCGUUUUUCGUUUUUUGCAUUCCUGAAUGGUAACAUUUAUAGCCUGUAGAUUUUAAGAUAUUUUUCUUGACCAAAGACAGUUUCAUAGGUUUGACUUGAAAAAACAAUUAAUGUAUUUUGAAUACAGAUGUUUUAAAAAUGGAGAAAAUUCUAUAUAUAUAUAUAUAUAUAUAUUUGGUUUCUGUGUAUGUCUUUUGCUAACAUGUCCUUUUACUUUUUAAGGCGAGCAGACUGCAUGCGUUCAGUGUGGAGUCCUGAUAGCACAUGAUUGUGUUGUGUUUCCCUGUGAUUGUGAAUCGUAUCGGUACGGUGUACGUCAGAUCUGUCGUGUUGAGAGCAUCGCAACAUAUCUGUAGUGGCUUAUGUAAGAAAUGAUGGAGGAACCGCUGAGAGGAAUCAAUCAGAAUAACAAAUUACCCCCCCCCCCGUCAUCCCUGAAUUAGUCCAGACAAUCGCGGCAACCAACAAACAUAUUGUUCUUUUACUUUUUCCGAACCUGCAGCCCUCCAGCUGUUGUACUUGAUGGUUUUAGAGAAUUUGUUUGAAAUGUGGCACUCUGUGGCUUUAGAGUUAAAAGUUAUUCACAAAGUUAAGUCACAGGAAUCAUUCAAAACAGUCAAGAAAAGUCUGUGUUGUAAGGAAAAAGUGACUCCUAUCCUGACACAUUUUGAUCCUAACAAUCAUAUCUCUGCAGAAGUACAGUAAUAGAGUGCUCCAGAGAUGACGUAUUUUUGUAGGCCAACCAGGAAGUUAGCAUCACCCUGGUUCCCUCAACAAAAAGCCAAUGGGAUUGUUCCAUUGGGUUUUGGAUUAUUGCAGAAAAUAAGCUCUGUGGCAAACAAACGUUUAUGAUACUUACAUGUUUUGUUCAGUAAAAUAAUCUCCAUGAAUGAACAACACUUAUGAUUUUUGAAGCUUGAAUGCAAUCGCCAGAAGUAAAAAGUUAGGCUAUAAACGAACUACACUUUACGUCACCACCGCUAAGCUAAAGGUGGACGAGUCGGUGUGAUGACGUUCAGUAGUCUCAUUUGGCCACUUGUUAGCAACCGCCUUUUUUAAGACACAUAAAAGCUUCAAAAUUCACGAAUGGGAUAUUUACUGACAUAUUUUAUAUUGUAGAAUGAAACGUUCAAAUCUCUUUAACUUGUGUUAACCACAGACCUUAUUUCAGGCAUCUAACUAAAAACCCAUUAAAGAAAAACCAUUGACUUCCAGACGAGGGAAGCGGAUGUGCUAAAAUGCUAUCUCAUUUCCGGGUUUUAGGACUCAUUCCUGCAGCACUCUAUAGAACAUAGCCUAUGAGAUGUCAAAAUUAACUAUAAAUGCAAGUUAUCAGAGCCCAACAUAAACACUUUUUUCCCCUGUUUGUCAAACAGAAUUCAAUUAAUUAUAUGAAACUGAUACAAGCAACCAAAUCCUCAAAAUUUGAAGAUCUAAACCAGCAACGUUUUUUACUGAUUAAUAUUCUGUCAGUCGACUUAUUGAUGAAUCAACAAAUCAUUUUUGCGCUGGAGAAAACUGAUGAACAAUCAAACUUUGAUUCAAUUCUGGUUUUGUCUUUUUUGUUUUUGCCCAUUUGAACAAUGAAGUCUUGAAAAGAAACAAAAGAAACUUGAAUUCAUUUUAACAACAAAAGAACAUUUAAUGCUGAUAAUACAGGGUGUAUUUUUUUUUGCCUGUGGACUUAAGUUGUUUUGUCUUUGGUCCGUCAUAUAUUUCUAACAUGCAUGUCUUGUGUAUUUAACAAUAUAUUUUUCUAGGAAAAUGUUUUUGUAUCUUUUUUUUUUUUUUUUUUAAAACACUGAUUUAAUGUGUUGGUACGGCACCACCUUGUUUGUCUGCAGCUUUUGUUUUUGUCUGUGAGGUGUUCCCUUUACUCACUGUGUGUGUGGUUGUAGCUGCUGCUUAACGCCGUCUUACUGCAGUGACUGUUGUGUGUUAACAUCCCACAGAGCUGCAGCUGGCAACGUCCACAUGCAGGUUGUAAGUGAAUGAACUGCCCAAUCAGAGCCAAAAUACAACUGUCAAAUAAUUGAUUUUAAGAAAUUGAUUAUUGGAUGAUACUUGUGAAAAGUUGGACAAGUGAUAAAACAAAUGACUAAAUUUCAACAACAACAUGUGGAUCUUAACUAAUCACAGUUAAUGUUUUAUACUGUAUCAGCUUGCAUGUCAGCUCCACAGGGCCAGUAAACUAGCGGUUGUUUGCUCAUUUUCAUAUGAAGGUGAACAUGUUCUUCAUCCACUUUGUCACUGAAUUAUGCUUUUAUCUGCUUUUAAUAAGGGAUGUUUUUUUUUCUUCCUAUUUUGUUUUUCCAUGUCCGCACAAAAUAAAAACAAUCCUUGUCAGCAUGUGGAUGAGAUGCUCGUGGAAAUGCGUGCAGUGGCCUGGUAGUAAUCUCGUAUCAUGAUGAGGGAAAAGUCCAGGUUAUGCAAGAACAAAAAAUUGAUUUCAGGGUCUGUGAAUCAAGUUUACUUUAAAAGCACGGCACUGUACAACUUUCUUUUCAGUUACAGGCGCAAAACAAUCUGCCAAUCAACUCCCAUCUGUUCUGUAAGAGCCGUGUCACAGAGCAUGACCACAAAUAAAUCUGUUUUGAUGUUUUUCUUCCUGUCCAGCGUAUGUUCACAUCUCCAGCUCAUUUCUUCUGAAUGUCUCCAUACUGCUUCGGUACAAUGUCUGUUCUUUUUUAUACACAUUAAAUAUUUUUAUUUUCCAUA